UCCGACCGAAGCUUCGGCUUCGGCUUCGGUUCGGCCGAAGUUCGGCCAAAAAAACAACAUUCGGCCAAACCUUCGGCUUCGGCCAUUUUAGGCCGAAGUUUUGGCCGAAGCCGAAGAAUCUGUUUAUUCGAGCAUCGUAACAGGCGCCGAAAAAAAUUUAAAUUUUUAAAAUUUUUGAAUAGGUAUUUCAAAACAGUUGUGUGCCAUCAUAGUAGGCGCCGCAGAAUUUCAAUUUUUGAAUUUUGCCUGACACCUUUUGCAAAUAGUUUGUGUUUAGUUUUGUUAAAUCGUGGUUUCGGUUUGGUUUGUGUUGUGUUUUUUAUUAAUUUAAAUUGUUCAAUUUUAAAAGGAAAAAUCACUUAAGAAUUUAAAAAAAUUCAAGUAAGUACAUCCUAAUGUACAUAUUCGUAUUGCAAGAAUAUGAAACAUUGCAUUUACAUGCAUUUGCUUAUAAUUAUUUAUCCGCUCUUAAAUCGAGUAAAAGUAAAAUAUAGAACUUUUUUGGACGAUUUGUGUAUUUUUAUUUUGUUUUGUUGUUUAUAUUUGUACAUAGGUAUAUAUUUACAUGAUGACAUCUUUGGGAAAAAAUCCUAUCUGGGAAUAUUUUUCUAAAAACAGCGAUAAAGCAAUUUGCAAAAUAUGUAAAAAAGCUUUGUCUCUUGGAAGUGUUUUACCAAAAAAUCAGACCACGACAAAUAUUAAGAAGCAUUUGGAAAGCCAACAUUUAAAUGAAUGGGAAACUUAUUCGAAAAGUAAUGCACAAACAACACAAGAAAAACAAACUUUGAAAAAAAAAAAAACUGAGAGCGAGAGGUCAAACUUAAACCCUUCACACGACAAAAAUGAACUGAAGCAAUCCACAUUAUAUGAAAUGAUUGAAAAGAAAAAAGCUGCGCUGUACCCUGAUGAUCAUCCGAUAUCCCUAAGAAUCGAUAAAAAUAUAAUGGAUCUCAUUAUCGUCGACAUGCUGCCGUAUAACUUGGUUGAAGGAGACGCAUUUCGAAGGCUCAACUUAGCUGACCCUGACACUCCAUUUAGAUACAGAAAGAAGUCUGAAAAAUACUUCAGAACGACUUUAAUGCCAGCGACGUAUUUAAAGGUAAAAGAAAAAGUCAUACUUCUCUUGGAAAAGGCUGAAUGGGUCAGCCUUACUACAGACAUAUGGAGUAAUCCUGCGAAGACUUGUUCUUUGCUGAGUUGCACAGCUCACUUCAUUCAAGCAACGAAAAGACAAAAAGUUAUAUUGGCAGCAAGUGCACUUGAAGACAAUCAUACUGGAAAGCAUAUUUCAGAAACACUUAUCAAUAUAAUUGCUGAAUUCCGAUUGACCAACAAAGUUCACAUGGUUAUACGUGACAAUGCUUGUAAUAUGCAGUCUGCCAUGCGUCUUGGAAAUUUUGCAUCCAUUGGAUGCGUAGCUCAUACGCUUCAGUUGGUAAUCCAUGACAUUAUAUUCAAAAGCGAUCCCAUGAUGGAUAUAAUAAAAAAAUGUCGCAAAAUUGUUGGACAUUUUAAAAGAAGUGAGCAAGCUUGUCGAUAUUUAAAGCAAUUCCAAGAAACUUGCGACUUACCCAGGCACACUUUGAUUCAAGAUGUUGAAACACGCUGGAAUAGCACGUAUCUAAUGUUGGAAAGGCUCAUGGAACAAAAAUUCGCUGUAAAUUUGUACAUGGCAGAACGCGGUGGCAUAGAAGUACCAGCAGCAGAAGAAUGGGUGCAAAUAAGAGAUUUGAUAUCCGCAUUGAAAUGCUUUUAUCAAGCUACACUUGAUAUUUCAAGCGACUCUUCAUCAAUAUCAUUAAUUAUACCACUGAUUGUCAUGCUGAAUUCAAAACUAGCUCCAAAAGAUGAAGAUACUGAAAACUUAAAAUUGCUUAAAAUCCGGUUGUGCGAGUCUGUUAAUAAACGAUUUUCGUACGCAAAAAGUACUCCAAAUUUAUUGAUUGCUACCCUUAUAGAUCCUCGAUUUAAAGGGAAGUAUUUUACCGGUGAUGAAAUCGGAAAUACCAAGGCAAAAAUAUUGGAAUUAUUACAACAGAACUUGUCAAAUCAAACGGUUCCGAUGAUUUUAGAAGCCGAUGAUCCCCAGCCAUCUUCUUCAACAUCAGCAUCAGGAUUGCAACAUGAUGAUUUAUGGGAAUCACAUGAUAAAUUUGUUUUGCCAGUCGAGAGCGGAACUUGCUUAAAUGAACCUCCUCCGUUUGAGGGACAGCUGUUGUCUUUUUUGAAAGAACCUUUACUCUUACGAAACACUGAUGUAUAUGCAUAUUGGGCGUCUAGCCCAUACAAUUAUCUAAGGACCGUAGCUAUACAAUUUUUGUCUGCGCCACCCACUAGCGUUCCUAGUGAACAACUGUUCAGUGCUGCCGGACAGAUAUAUGCGGACAGAAGAUCAAAUUUGAGUGGUGAAAAUGUUGAAAAACUUUUGUUCUUAGCAUACAACAUUAGACUCUUUGAUUUUAAUUAUUAAUGUAUUAAAUUAAUAUUACUAAAAAUGAA